AUGAAGCGCUCAUUAUUUCGCUUGUGGAAUUUGCCGAAUCGCCAAUUGUCGACAUUGCCUAAAAGAUUCCCGAAAAUUGAACCAAAUCGGGCGGCGGCUGUGUUAUUUGCUGGAAUUGGGACAAGUAUUGCUGCUUAUAAAUUGAUUACUCCUGCGAAAUCUUUGCUUUUGGGAGGUUAGUGAAAUUUGGGUAUUCUUUCAACUAAUUUGAAAAAUAAUUUUAGACGACGAUGAUGAAGAUGCAACUCGUCAUAAUGUACAAACCGAUCAUAAAUUAACAAAAAGAGAACUGAGAUUUCUGCAAUUCGCCAGUGUUGAAUUCGAUGAUGUCAUUUAUAUGAGCCCUAUGGAUUUUAUCGAUUCCUUAACUUUGGAUCAACCAAGAGGUUCGAUUUUUAAAAUUAGUUCAAUGAAUAUAAGUAUAAUAUUUCAGAAAGAGUGUAUCGAAGAGUUUUGAAAGAAAAAGAUUUGAAUCGCAUGCUUUCCCGCACUCCACCUUUCCGCACUGGAAGCAAAACAUUUUUCCGAACAAUGGAUCAGAAGGGUGUUAUUUCUUAUUCUGAAUACAUAUUCCUGUUAACACUAUUGACCAGUUAGUAAUUUAAUUUACUGAAAACAACUAAACAAGUUCGAUUUAGAAUCCAAAUCAGCAUUCCGAAUCGCAUUUCUAAUGUUCGAUGAUGAUGAUAACGGUAACAUAGAUAGAGAUGAAUUUAUGUUGGUAAGUUUGUUAUUUGAAAUGCGAUAUUUCCUGUUUGCAGUGCUAAUUAUUUGAGUUGCUUCCUGUAUUAACAUUCAUGCAUUAUUUUCAUUUUCAUUAACCGCAUGCAUGGAAUACGAAACAAAAACGUGCUUGGGUAAAAAUUUCGUGUCUCGUUGUAAUUACUUUUAUUAUGUACUUACUAACUUGUCACAGAGCAAGCAAAAACAUAGUCGUAAACUUGUAGUAAACCUUUUUUAGAAUGACUUUAGUAAAAUAACAUGCUUUAUCCCAACUUCUAAAACAAUCAUUUUGUUUUGUUUGGCAUUUAGUAGAUUAUUUGCACGAUUAUAAUUCAAAAAUCACAGGAAAUUAUUAAUUUUUAUUGAAAUCAAAUUUUGGAGUUUUCUUGAAAAACGCAAACCCGAAAAAAUAAAAUUUAUAUUCUAUAAAUUGAAAUGAAAUUGCCACGUCACAGCUCACGUCUAAUAUUAAAUAACGUGUACUUUCUAGAUAAAAAAGUCAUUUUUAAAAAUUUAGAAAAAAAAACGCAAUAUUCAUUUACCAAGCACGUUUUUAGAUCCGUAGCCUAACGUCUUCGUUGCGUUCAACAACUCGAAUUCAAUCUAAACAGAAUCAACAAAAUGCGGAUUCAAUCGUCAACGAUUCUCAAGAUGUAUGCCUUCCCCCCAACCCCCUUUAAUUUUUCCCAGUUAUUGAUUUUUGAUAUUGUUUAGUCUUGUCAAUUGGAUGCCUCAGAUUAUCAUUUUGCUGUUAGUCGAAUUGGUAAAGAUCGACUUUUCACUGGAACAGAUUCGUAUACGGUUAUGUUUACUGUAAGUUUUUUUUUUCAAGUUUCAUGUUUUUUUUUUUUGAAAAAAGUAGAAAAUGUUUGAAUUGUGAUCGUCUAGCGCUUUUUGCAUGAGUUUCAUUUUACAGGGAAAUCGCAUUUCUUCGAAUUUUAGUUGAUUGAAAAAUCAAAAAAAAAGGAAAUUUCUAUUGUUUUCAGAUUGCCAAAAUGUUUGCAUCGAAAGCCGCUACACUUUCCGGAACAAAAUUAGUUCAUGUUUGAUUUUCUCUUAAUUUUUACCAAACCUUUGUAGCUUGGGACCGGGAUUUUCAGAUUUUCAGAUCACAACACUCAAAAGUCUCAAAAACCCAGCUCUAAAAUCAAAUUCAAAAAUUGCAGAAAAGCGAAGAAGAGGUCCGACGACAAGACACAACUUUGCUUCUCCAUUUGUUUGGACUUCGUGGAAAUGCCAAAUUAUCUUUCGAAGAAUUUCAACAAUUUUAUGAGAAUCUUCAGGAAGAAUUGAUGGAAAUUGAGUUCCACGAAUUUGCACGCGGAAAAUCGACAAUAUCUCCUGUCGAUUUUGCCAGACUUAUUUUGCGAUAUAGUAUUGUGAAUCUGGAUGAUUAUCAUAACUAUUUGCAGCGUGUUCAGGAACGAUCCAAUGAUGAUGAAGAGGUUUGUCUUAAUUUAAAAAAUAAUCUAAGAAAUGUAUUGUUUUUAGGGGAUAACUCUUCAACAAUGGGCAACAUUCAGUCGAUUCUUGAAUAAUCUUCAAGAGUUUCAAAGUGCCGUCCGUUUGUAUGUAAAUAGUAAUGUUCCAGUUUCAGAAACUGAAUUUGCUCGCGCAGUAUCUUGCACUAUAGGUACUGAAACAUUUCUGUUUGAUAAAAAAAAAUCACGAUAUUCUUUGCAGGCCGAAAACUUGAUCCCGUAGUUGUCUCAAUGAUAUUUCGAAUCUUCGAUGAGAACAACGACGGAACUCUUUCAUAUCCCGAAUUUCUUGCCGUAAUGUCUGAUCGACUUCAUCGUGGACUUCGAGGAAGACUUGAAAAACCAUGGGGUUGGCGGCCAUUCAAAAAUUGUGUCAUCAAUGAAGUUUGCCGUGCAUAA